AUGCCGAAAAACAAACAUAUUGUAAUAGCAGUAACAGACGAUCUGGUGAAUGUGUCAGAACCAAACUUUAACUGGAACGCUUGCUGUAUCUGUCAGGGUGAAGGCAAACUUGUGUGUGCUGCUAAUAAUCCAGUGGAGGCUAAACGAAACAAGGGGUACCAGACACUUGCAAGUAAUCUUGAGCAGCUGAGAUGCUAUAGUCAUUUCAAACUCAAAUGUGGACGGAGUAUUAACGUACUUGAUGAGGGUAAUGGAGUGUUGGCUACUUUCAUAGCACGAAAAGCAAAGUAUCACAAAGCAUGUAUUCUACCAUUGACUGCUAAGUUCAGUUCUCUGCUGAAGAAUGUUAUGGCACAGGUAGAUCAAAAUGAGUCCUCAAAUAAUGAUAUACAUGUUCAUGCCGAGGAAGUUCGUCGCACGACUCGAUCUAGUUUUGCUGCUGUUACCCUCAUGGCUGAAUCAUGCUUUAUUUGUGGAGAGCCAGAAAAUGAACAGCAAUCACUCCAUCGCUGUGAGACUCAUCAUUUAGAUGAAAACAUUAUGAAGUAUGCGAAAGGUACAGGAAAUACAGAACUGAUAGCUCUACUGGAAACCAGAGGAGAUUUAGUCGCUCAGGAGGGAAAGUAUCACAAAAUUUGUCUGACUCGUCUCUACAGUAAAUACUGCCGAGCUAAGUGUACAAGUCCCUCAGAAGAAGAGACACUUCUAUGUGAGGGUCUCGCAUUCUCUGAACUUAUGAUUUUUAUAGAAGGAAAACUUUCGAGGCAUGAGUACACAUAUGUUUUCAAAAUGAGAGAUUUAAAAAACAUGUAUGAUUCGAGAAUUGCACAACUGAAUGGAGUAUCUAGGGACGAUAUUUCAGGAGAACAUACGACACGCCUCAGAGAGAGAAUACUAGCUCACAUGCCCUUCUUGAAAGAAGAGAAGUGGGGAAGGGAAUAUGUUCUCAUGAUGGAAGGGACAAAUCUGAUGCACAACUUCUCAAAAGAAGAUCAAUACGAUGAUGCAAUUGGCUUUCAGAGGUUUGCAAAAAAUCUCAGGAGAGUUAUGUCUCAGUGCAAGUCGGAAUUUGAUGGAAGCUUUGCACAAAAUUGUGAGGAGAAAAGUGUUCCAGGACCACUGCUGGCCGCUGUCAGUACUUUGUUGUACGGUUCUGGGGUCAGAGCUGAGUGUGGGGCGACCGCCCCUGCUCUCACGAUUUCACAGCUAAUUUUAGCGAAUUUUCAUGAAAGCAUGCCACGUGGUGAAAUUGUUAGACAGAAAAGAGACAGAGAACCUCCAUUGACGCUGUACAUGGCACUAUCUUGCUACGGUAGAAACAGAGAUCGAACCUCGAUCGACCAGAUGCACCGAAAAGGAAUUAGUGCCUCGUCGAACAGAGUGAUGGAAGUGACAGCGCAGUUGUGUAGAAUGGUGGUCCAAAGAUCAAGGGAAGAUAAUGUUGUUUGUCCUUCUAUUCUGAGGAAAGGCCUGUUUACAAUUGCGGCAUUAGACAACAUAGAUUUCAAAUCUACGAGCAAUACAAGUGCAGGCGACUUUCAUGGCACUGGUAUCUCCAUUUUUCAAUGUCGUCGUCGGGGAGAAUCUCAAGGAGAAAUCAGGACAUUCGCUACAUCCUACAAGGAUAACAACCCCCCUGCUCUUGGAUGCAGUUUUGAGAUAGGUUCUCGUCUGUAUCCUUUAGGUGAUUUUUCAAGACAGUGGCUACAAGAGGCAGAAUGGUUGACACAUCUUCGGGAACAAAGUGGCAAUUUGCACGAGGCCAUCACUGUUGCCUGGUCGGCUUAUCAUGGAAGUCGUUCAUCUGAUCGAUCGCUGUUGAAAGCUAUCAAUGUCCUCCUACCCCUAUUUUUCGAAAAAUCGACAUCAAUUCCAAUGCUGAGGCAUGGAAUGAACAUUGUGAGGAAUAUAACGAAGUAUCUGAAUGGAGAUCAAAUACCUGUAAUCUGCGUGGACCAGCUUCUCUAUGCCCUCAUGAAAAAAAUUCAGUGGAGUUGGCCUCAGGAAUAUGGUGAAGAUAAGUUUAUAGUGCUCCUAGGCCCCUUACACAUUGAACAGUGGUUUCUUCGAAUAUUGGGUCAAUUUAUGGAGGGCUCUGGUUGGACAACUAUAGUUUCACAUGCCGGAAUAACCACUGCUGGAUCAGCAGAAGCUAUGAUGAAGGUAACUCACAUUAAACGAGCAAGGGAAGUUCAUCAGAUCACUGCAGCAGUUCUCCACAGUUUGCUUAUGGAUAUAUAUGAAAAUGUAAACCCCGAAUGUGAACUACAGGUGGAAGAGUGGAUAAAGACGAAAUCUCAGAAAUGUCCAACAUUUUACUUCUGGCUCACUGUCUUGAACCUAGAAAUUCUCCUCCUAUGUUUUGUGCGAUCGUUGAGGCGGGGUGACUUUGAUUUAUUUAGAGAAACUCUGAAACAAAUGGCUCCGUGGUAUUUUCUUUUUGACCAUCAAAACUACGCUCGGUAUCUCACUGUUCACAUCCAGGACUUGGAAGAGCUACCCAGCAAAGCCCCUGAUAUUCAUAUAGAAUUUUUAUUGAAAAAGUUCGUGUUGCCCAUAACUGAAAACCCUGAUUCUUAUCUUGCUAUCGAUCAUGCCCAUGAGCAAAAUAAUGCCAAAGUGAAAGGGAAUGGUGGUGCGGUCGGUCUCACUAGUGACCCAUCUGCAUUGAGACGUUGGACCAUCGGAGGACCAGAGAUCUGCCGACUUCUGAAUGAAUUCAACCAUUCAGAAGAUGCUGACGAUGACGAAGUUCCAAUCUCGAGGACUCAUCAUGAACAGACAAAAUCUUAUCAAUCAAGAUUUGCCGAUCAUUUUGCAGCACUCAAGGACGCUUUCUUGACGUACGAGAAUCCCUUUUCUGUUCAGGGAACAGAACUUGUCGCCAUAGACUCCAGCGGUGUUGUAGGCACUGAUGCGGUUCAGACCUUGUACGAUGCUGUGGAAAAGAGCGAAUCCAUGUACAAGUCCUUUGUCGACGAGAGACUGGUCAAGAAGUCGAGAUCUCUUCAUGAUCCAAUUCGAAAGUGUAUUACUAAAAUAUUCACACAUCAGAAAAAAACAGCAACUUCUCCAAUGAAAGCUCUGAAAUCGGAUGUGCAACUGUACUCACGGCUCUUUAUUGUGUGCAUUUCACGAGAAUUGGACCUUGAUAUAUUUUUCCAGCAUGAGAAUCAACUGUAUCCGCCAUCUUUAUCGUUGAAUGGAUCUAUGCGGACUGGAAAUAAAUCUCAGCUCGUAGCAAUUCUUGAAAAUCUGCUCAAGAAGUUGCCUGAAGUAGACCCACCUCACAGAUGUGAAGGAUUGAUCAUAGAUGGAGCAGUCUUAGUUCACAAUAUCAAGCCUCGUCCUGAUGUGAAAACCUUCAAGAGCUACGUAGGCCAGCUGAUUUCAAAUAUAGGGUACACUCGAACACAGAUGGAAAUAUUCAGAGUGGAUAUAGCAUGGGAUCUGUACUCUUGCUCGAGUCUUAAAGAGGCCACUCGGUCAAGCAGGGGAACAGGAGUGAGGCGUAAGGAUCUACCAAACAAAGGUACUCUACCGACUAACUGGGAUGACUAUUUGAGAAACGAUCACAAUAAGCAAGAGUUGUUCUCAUUUCUUGCCAACGAGAUCUUGAAGGAACUCAAGGAUGUGGAAGUCGUAACUAAUGUCGAUGAUGUUAUACGCUCAUCUGAGGGUACACAGUCGUAUCUGCAGGGUGUUUCGUGCGCUGCGAUGGAAGAAGCAGAUGGAAGGUUGAUGCUUCAUGUGAAUGAUAUGGUGGAGAAUGGUAUCCGUUGUAUAGUUAUACGAAGCUCGGAUACAGACGUUUUGGUACUGGCAGUUUCUCAUUACCAUGCCCUCCACAGAAAGGGCUUGCGAGAAUUGUGGUUACACUUUGGAGCAGGCCUCAAACGAAGGUUCAUUAGUGUGCAUGGUAUCGCUGGUGUUCUUGGGGAGGACACUUCUAUCGCACUCAGAGGGUUCCACGCCUUCACUGGAUGUGACACGGUAUCCUUUUUCGGUUCGAGAGGAAAACAGUCAGCAUGGAAUGCUUUCUUGAAUUGCUCGAAACGCGAAGACAUUAUAUUAGCAUUCAAGAAGCUCUCAUAUCCAAUGCUAGAAGAUACCAUAGACGAUGAUCUCAUCAAGACGUUGGAGAGAUUCACGGUAUACAUGUACGGGAUCCGUGACGAGACCUGCUCCGGUGUGAAUGAGGCUCGGAAGCACAUGUUUGCCACAGAAAACAAACAUAUUGGUGCAAUUCCGCCUUCCCUGGAAGCUUUCGUUCAACACAUGAAGAGAGCUGCCUUCCAGAGUGGACAUAUCUGGGGAAGGGCCCUUGAAAAUUCACUACCACCAUCCCCUGAAGGGUGGGGAUGGAAAAAAGAAGGAGAUACCUGGGUUCCGCUUUGGAGUGAGCUUCCCGAGAUCUGGUCGGCUUGCAGGGCUCUAGAUAAAUGUGGCUGCAAGUCUGGAUGCGACACAAAACGUUGUUCCUGCCGUAGGAACAUAUUACCGUGCUACCUGGGAUGCACAAGUUGCAAAGGGGAAUGUUCUAAUAAAAAGACCCAAACGCAACUCGAACCCCACUCAAACCAAAAUGAAGAGGAGGAGGUUGAUGGAGGAGAGAAGGAGAAGGAGAAGGAGAAGGAGAAGGAGAAGGAGAAGGAGAAGGAGAAGGAGAAGGAGAAGGAGAAGGAGAAGGAGAAGGAGAAGGAGAAGGAGAAGGAGAAGGAGAAGGAGAAGGAGAAGGAGAAGGAGAAGGAGAAGGAGAAGGAGAAGGAGAAGGAGAAGGAGAAGGAGAAGGAGAAGGAGAAGGAGAAGGAGAAGGAGAAGGAGAAGGAGAAGGAGAAGGAGAAGGAGAAGGAGAAGGAGAAGGAGAAGGAGAAGGAGAAGGAGAAGGAGAAGGAGAAGGAGAAGGAGAAGGAGAAGGAGAAGGAGAAGGAGAAGGAGAAGGAGAAGGAGAAGGAGAAGGAGAAGGAGAAGGAGAAGGAGAAGGAGAAGGAGAAGGAGAAGGAGAAGGAGAAGGAGAAGGAGAAGGAGAAGGAGAAGGAGAAGGAGAAGGAGAAGGAGAAGGAGAAGGAGAAGGAGAAGGAGAAGGAGAAGGAGAAGGAGAAGGAGAAGGAGAAGGAGAAGGAGAAGGAGAAGGAGAAGGAGAAGGAGAAGGAGAAGGAGAAGGAGAAGGAGAAGGAGAAGGAGAAGGAGAAGGAGAAGGAGAAGGAGAAGGAGAAGGAGAAGGAGAAGGAGAAGGAGAAGGAGAAGGAGAAGGAGAAGGAGAAGGAGAAGGAGAAGGAGAAGGAGAAGGAGAAGGAGAAGGAGAAGGAGAAGGAGAAGGAGAAGGAGAAGGAGAAGGAGAAGGAGAAGGAGAAGGAGAAGGAGAAGGAGAAGGAGAAGGAGAAGGAGAAGGAGAAGGAGAAGGAGAAGGAGAAGGAGAAGGAGAAGGAGAAGGAGAAGGAGAAGGAGAAGGAGAAGGAGAAGGAGAAGGAGAAGGAGAAGGAGAAGGAGAAGGAGAAGGAGAAGGAGAAGGAGAAGGAGAAGGAGAAGGAGAAGGAGAAGGAGAAGGAGAAGGAGAAGGAGAAGGAGAAGGAGAAGGAGAAGGAGAAGGAGAAGGAGAAGGAGAAGGAGAAGGAGAAGGAGAAGGAGAAGGAGAAGGAGAAGGAGAAGGAGAAGGAGAAGGAGAAGGAGAAGGAGAAGGAGAAGGAGAAGGAGAAGGAGAAGGAGAAGGAGAAGGAGAAGGAGAAGGAGAAGGAGAAGGAGAAGGAGAAGGAGAAGGAGAAGGAGAAGGAGAAGGAGAAGGAGAAGGAGAAGGAGAAGGAGAAGGAGAAGGAGAAGGAGAAGGAGAAGGAGAAGGAGAAGGAGAAGGAGAAGGAGAAGGAGAAGGAGAAGGAGAAGGAGAAGGAGAAGGAGAAGGAGAAGGAGAAGGAGAAGGAGAAGGAGAAGGAGAAGGAGAAGGAGAAGGAGAAGGAGAAGGAGAAGGAGAAGGAGAAGGAGAAGGAGAAGGAGAAGGAGAAGGAGAAGGAGAAGGAGAAGGAGAAGGAGAAGGAGAAGGAGAAGGAGAAGGAGAAGGAGAAGGAGAAGGAGAAGGAGAAGGAGAAGGAGAAGGAGAAGGAGAAGGAGAAGGAGAAGGAGAAGGAGAAGGAGAAGGAGAAGGAGAAGGAGAAGGAGAAGGAGAAGGAGAAGGAGAAGGAGAAGGAGAAGGAGAAGGAGAAGGAGAAGGAGAAGGAGAAGGAGAAGGAGAAGGAGAAGGAGAAGGAGAAGGAGAAGGAGAAGGAGAAGGAGAAGGAGAAGGAGAAGGAGAAGGAGAAGGAGAAGGAGAAGGAGAAAAAAUUGUUUCGAGUUAUUCAUUUCUGA